CAGCCAGUCAGCCUAUCCGAUCGAUGCGGUGUGGCUUCAGGCGAGUGUACGAGAGAGUGGAGUGGAACACACGGGGAACCAGCGUGUCCGUCCGGUUUGUAAGGGAUAGUUUACGGAAAGUUUUCCAACAGCUCAUCGUACCAAACUCAUCCUUCAGUCCUUACCAUACCGUCCUUCCGAGUGUAUCGACGUCGUCGUCGUCGUCUUCUGUUGUCAUUUUAGGCGCUUCGAGUUUGAUCGUAUUUUUCUACCGUAUUCAUACACCUACUACCCUGGCAUCCUUGCAUACCUUUUCACACUUUCCUUUACCGUUACCGCUACCGCGUACAACAGUUAAAGUUACCGUUUAAAUAGUGUAAAAUAUUUCUCCCCCCCUGGCUGGUACAAGUGCACAACAAGUUUUUUGGGCAAAAAAACAAAAAAAGUUCAAUGAUGUUCCAGGGCAAAGCACAGGCUGGUGGUAUAAGAGGAUAUUUCCCCCGUGCCCUCUGACGCGAUGCCAAUGAUCGAACAAAUGCACAACGUUCAAAACGGCAUAUUGAAUGAAUGCACUUCCCGUACGAUCGACGACAUAGAAAAGCAGCAACAUAGAAAAGUGCAGGUGCAAGUGCAAGUGCAUUUGCUGCAAAAAGGAAGCUACAGCGCUACAAGCGAUCAACCGCCAGUGAUUGCAGUUGAAUCUCGGGUGCCUUUGUGUGGUGGCGUGGCAGCAUUAAAGCGGCCCAGGAUGCGAUUCGCCGACCGGUGGAUGCGAGUGAAAGCGAGUGAAUUAUGAUACUUACUGUUCGGUUGAUUUCCGACGUACGAUUUACGGUGCUAUACCCCGGGAUUAAUCUUGUUUUCCGCACGAUGAUUUACCACCCGUUUACUGUGUGCUGUUAAUGUUGGGAUUGUGACUACAAUACAAUCCAAUUCUUUUUGCGUUUGUUUCACUUGCUGGCAAUUGUUUUACUUAUUUGUGUUGGCGGUGGACCAGUUCGUGUGCGUGUGUUUGUGUGUGUGUGGGAGCUUUUUGGAUGGUACACACGGACGGCCACAGUAACGCGUUCACUCUGGAGUUCAAUCAAAUACACGAAGGUGGAGCCAUGUACAUAUCAUGUGGGAGUACGGAUAGCACUCCCAUGGAGCCGGAAACGGGCUAUGUGCCGAACAAUCCCCUCUUCGGGAUGCCCCUCGACAGUCCCCAGGAAUGCCCAUCGUCCUGCGGUGGUAGUGGCUGUUCCAGCUGUCAGGAGAACGCAGCAUCAUUGCCCCUUGCGGGACUGCACGGAUCGGAUUUCAGCGACUGCGGAAACUGUCUCGACCACAGCGGUGUACUGAGCUCACAAAGCAACCUUGGCAGCUACUGGAGCGAGGACAUGAGCACAUUUCCUGGCCUGCCUCCGCUGGACAUUGAUCCGUUACCGAGUUUGUUUCCCUUUUCCCCUUGUGGUGCUUCCUACAAUAGACCCGAGCGACCAACGCACGACGUGGCGGAUGUAUUGCUGUCGCUGAAACACGCCGUCCUGAAGCAAAGUCCCGAUCCGCCACCCAUCGGACAGGGACAGAACUUUGCUACGCCGCAAGCUUCACUGUCGUACACCGUCCAUCCACAAAUGUUGCUGUCACCCGCCGGUCACCAUGGACACGGAUCGCAUGCGCACUACAACCAGAUGCAGUCGCAAACGGGCGGUCCGUACAGCACCAACUACUAUGAUUCGUCCUGCGCACAACAUACGGCUCCACCGAUCUAUCCAAGCAUGAGCGUCAACGUUAGCAUGAACAUGACGAUGCACGGUUACGGUGCGGAAGCUUCCGUCCCCAUGCAGUGCUCCCAGAUGCAGUGGGGCGCUCAAAAUGCAGCCUCCUCGGUAAAUGUGCUCUACCCGCCACUGCUCAGUCCGGUACCGUAUCCACCCGGUACGACCUACUCCUUCACAGCAGACUUUCGGCCCCAAAGUCAACCGCCAGCUCCACCACCCUCCAGCGGUUCCAUAUCUCCGCCACCCGGACACGAUGCGUCCCGCAGCUCGUCCUCCCUUACGCCCCACAAACAGCCCCUCCCACAAGCAUCGCAACAUCUGCAGCAACAGCAUCAUCACCAUCAUCAGCUGCAGCAACAACAGCAACAGCAGCAGCAGCAACACUUUCACCAGCAGCAACAACAGCUCCAGCAGCAACAGUAUUACCACAAUGCGCACCAUCCCCAUCAUCAUCCGUCGCAGCAUCACCAUCAUCACCAUCAUCAUACGCAGUCGGUGUCGGCUGCCGUUUCACCAAAUGACUGUACACCACCAAAGAGUACGACCCCUCCGGACUUUGGCGCGGCCGUUGAGCAGACCACACCACCGGCAACGACAACAUCAGCCGUCGCAGUUGCUGCCGCGGCGGCAUCCGUCGGUUUUGCGGCCGCCCUCAAGAUGAAGGCCGAAAGUCGUUCGCUCGGUCUGGGAUUUGUGGACACCGUUGACCAGCGUCCGACAACGGCCGGCGGCGAAGAUGAGGACGAGGAGGAUGGUAGCGGUAGUGGCAGUGAUGGUGCAGCCGGCGGUGACAACAAACCCAACCUCUGCCGACUGUGCGGGAAGACGUACGCACGGCCGAGUACGCUGAAGACGCACCUGCGGACACACUCGGGCGAACGACCGUAUCGCUGCCCGGACUGCAACAAAAGCUUCUCGCAGGCGGCCAACCUGACCGCACACGUUCGCACGCACACGGGCCAGAAACCGUUCCGGUGUCCCAUUUGUGAUAGGCGCUUCUCGCAAAGCUCCAGUGUUACGACGCACAUGCGAACGCACUCUGGCGAACGGCCGUACCGAUGCCGGGCGUGCAAGAAAGCAUUCUCCGACAGUUCCACGCUGACGAAGCAUCUGCGGAUACACAGUGGCGAAAAACCGUACCAGUGCAAACUAUGUCUCUUAAGAUUUUCGCAGUCUGGCAACCUUAAUCGUCACAUGCGUGUCCAUGGUAACAACGGACAAGCGCUGAUUGCUUGACACCAAAAAACGUCGCAGCUAUCAUCCACAUCGUCCGUCGGUCAUAGCAGCAUUCUGGCACAACAUGCUUUACCACCACACUAUCAUCGCCAUUCCUACCAGUCUUACCAGCAUCAUCAGUACCAGCAGCAACAACAGCAACAGCAACACGCCCAACACCAGCAACUGGCCGAGUCCGUUUCAUCGGGACACCAUCAUCUCGCCGCACACUCGGCAGCGGCAACAGCUGCUGCAGCGCAGUACUUUUACAACCAAAAUGCAAGCAGCUUUCAUCACCAUCACCACAACCAUCACUACAACCGUGCUGCCAUAUCCGCAUCCAACUCCAGCGCGCCAAUGUCCAGUACGGCCAGCCAGACCAAUCCCAACACAACAACCACCCAUCAUCCGUUCAAGUCACUUCCGACGGCUACACAGCUGUCUUACUUUGAGGAAUACCACCAUUUCCAGCAACAACAGCAACGCUCCAAAUAUGAGGACAACUUGGCAUUGUUUGGAAGGAAUAAUUUUGUAAACAUUUUCUAAUCACACAGACUGUUGAACAACAUACAAAAAAUGGAAUGAGAAACGUGUGGUGGCAAGAGUUGACUGUUGUUGCUCGUCGUUAUGACAAAAGCCGCACUACAGCACAUUCGAAACAAAUCCCAUGAACAUACGAUCUAGUCAUACACAACCCGGCCAGUAUAGUGUGAAGCUCGACCAGCCCUGUUAUGCUCUUAUAAUAGCGUCGUUGUAGUUGAUUGAUAUUUAGAAAAAAAGGCACACAAGAAACUUCAUUGGUGCGUGCUGACCGUGGCGCCAGAUGCAAGUUGUAAUUUUAAUAAAUACGAACAAACAACGCAUACUUACUAUACUUAUCACUUAAUUAGAGUUUAAGCUAAAAAGCUCAGUUGUUGCUGUUUUUUUGCUAUUUCGUGCAUUUAAAAUUAUUUCAAAAAAACAACGACAUUGACAGUCAUUUCUGGACAACUUACAACAGCAAAUGUAUAUGAAAUUAAGGAAAGCAGCAAAGAGAAAAGAGGAAAGUAUGGUCAGGCGGAAAAAAUAAGAACAAAUAACUGGAACAAAGAUUACUAUUAAAUAAAAGUAGUGUACAACAACCAUGUACAAAAAAUCAUA